AGCCAUUGAGUAAAGAACAAAAAAAAGGGAGAGGAGAGAGAAAACUGGUUCUAGAGAGAGAAAGAAGAGUUCAGUGAAGAAGAAGGAAGAAAAAAAUGGAGGGUAAGGAAGAGGAUGUGAAACUGGGAGCGAACAAGUACUCGGAGAGGCAGCCGAUCGGGACGUCGGCGCAGACGGACAAGGACUACAAGGAGCUGCCGCCGGCGCCGCUGUUCGAGCCAGGCGAGCUGACGUCAUGGUCGUUUUACAGAGCCGGAAUCGCGGAGUUCGUGGCGACAUUCUUGUUCCUGUACAUCACCAUUCUGACGGUGAUGGGCGUAAGCCGAGCCCCCACCAAGUGCUCCACCGUCGGCAUUCAGGGCAUCGCUUGGGCCUUCGGCGGCAUGAUCUUCGCCCUAGUCUACUGCACCGCCGGCAUCUCCGGUGGGCACAUUAACCCGGCGGUGACGUUCGGGCUGUUCUUGGCGAGAAAGCUGUCUCUGACGAGAGCCAUUUUCUACAUCAUUAUGCAGUGCCUAGGCGCCAUCUGCGGCGCCGGCGUGGUGAAGGGCUUCGAGAAGUCGAUCUACGAGCAGAAGUUCGGCGGCGCCAACGUCGUCAACCCCGGCUACACCAAGGGCGACGGCCUCGGCGCCGAGAUCGUCGGCACCUUCGUUCUCGUCUACACCGUCUUCUCUGCCACUGACGCCAAGAGAAACGCCAGAGAUUCUCACGUCCCUAUUUUGGCUCCUCUUCCCAUCGGUUUCGCGGUGUUCUUGGUUCAUUUGGCCACCAUCCCCAUCACCGGCACCGGAAUUAACCCGGCGCGGAGUCUCGGAGCCGCCAUUAUCUACAACCGGCAGCACGCUUGGGAUGACCAUUGGAUUUUCUGGGUGGGACCCUUCAUUGGGGCUGCUCUUGCUGCUAUUUACCACCAGAUCAUCAUCAGAGCCAUUCCAUUCAAGGCCAGAGCUUGAAGAAGAGCUUCAUUUCAUCAUCAUCAUCUUCACUCGUCUUAUCUUUAGCUCUCUUUUGGUUUUUUUUUUUUUUUUUGUAAUCUUUAAUUUCUUGUUUAUUUGGUCGUUGAAGAGAGAGAUGGAUUUGUGUGUAAAUUAAGUUAUUAUCAAUGUGCCAGUGGUGUAAUUUUGAAGUUUGUAAUGGAGAAUUAUUCUUUUUGUGGAUCAUCAUUGUCUCCAGAACUUUUCAUA